GGUAACUGUUGUCAUGGGAAGCGUAGUCACAAUUUUGUGUAGUCACAGGUAACGAUCAGUGCGCGCAAAAUGGCAACCACGGAGAAAGAAAGAAUUGACAGAAUAAACGAAUUGUCUCGACCAAAGCCAGUCCCUGAAGGGUUCUUGGACGACAGGAGGUCUUUGUAUUGGGACCGUUAUGAUAACAUUGUGAAGGACUGGAAUGGUGGAAAUGUAGCAACUGUAUUUGCUAUGACACCAAGACUUGACACAAUGAUUCAGCCAAAAGGAUGGCAUAGAGAUUUUGUUGGUGACAGGCCAAGCCCAAUCUGGGUGGUGAGUAAACAGGCAAGAAAUGCAACAGCCACAGCUAGAGUUGAAAGCUUGUCUGAAGCAAAAGCUGUCCACAAAGACUUUAGACCUGAAAAAUCUGUUUAUACCGAGAUCAGUGAGGCAGCCAAAAAUGCAGAAGCUAGCCAAAGAGUGGAUAUUUUGGCACGUUCAAAAACAUACAACGAGUUGCCAAUAAAACCAAACUCAAGCUGGGACUGGGGAGAGUGGGAAUCAGAUAUUCCAGAGGCAGCAAAAAAAUCAGAAGCAUCAGAGAGAGUUCAGCUGCUUGCAAGACCAAAGUCAUUGCACCCCAGAUAUCAAGAGUGUCGCUCGGUCUCAUGGGCUGUGUCAGAACAAGCAAAGAAAACCUUGCCAUCUUUGAGAAUCCAGAAACUUGCUAGACCAAAAAGUAGAAGCCAGUAUCAAGAAGAUUACAAUCCAAACUGGUUUAAAGUUUCACCAUCAGCGCGAGUAGCUCAUGCCAACCCAAGACUGUCAGAACUAAGUACUCCAAUACCACGUAAAGUUAGACAAAAGAAAGUGUUGACAUCUAAAGGAGCUUAAUUUUAUAGUUAAGAAAUAAUUUGUGAUAACCAUGUAUAUAAAUUACGGAAAUUCAGUUUGAAAUGUAUUGUAAUGUUGUAGUUAAAGAUUUUCAACUUGAGUCACUAUUUAAGGUGUUUUAUCAGCAAGCCAAUACAGUAAAGCAUAAAUGAGUGCAUUUAAAAAUGUCUUUGAUUGAAUAAUCUGCUCUCAAAAUAUUAUUUUUAACAGCCAAUAUCUAUACUAGGUCUUCAGUUACCCUUAUUUUUAUUCUUGCACUUUACUAAGUUUUGAUAAAGUAUGAUAUUUAUACCCAUCAAAAUUUCCUUUAUUUGAAGACUUUUCCUGGAUCUAAACAUAUUCACUUGUUUUAAUAUCCAACAAAUGCUAAAUGAUUGAAAACAGAUAAUAUCAUGAAUUAAGUGACACUUUGUAUGUAUAUUGUAUAUCCAUAAGCAACCUUAGACAAGACCAGUUAUUCUUUAUUUCCUCUAUGUUUAUCUAAGAUUUCUUGCUCUUCUUUCAUUCAAAUUAAAUUGAAACUGUAGACCCGGGAUGUCAAACUCAAUUGCAUAGGGGGCCAAAAUCCAAAAAGCACUUGAGGUUGUGGGCCAAACAGGAUAAACAUUUAUUGAACACAUUUGAUAAACACAAUAAUCAUAAUUAACUCGCGGGCCAGAUAUAGUUACACACCUGCCCGAAUGUGUUUGACACAUAUGCUGUAGACUUGAUGAUCAGAAACUUCUUAGAUUUAACUCUGAAACUAUUUUGAUUUUCUAAAAAAAGCUCCGUCUACUGGCAGAGAAAAGAAUGAUGUGUGAGAUUUUUUCCUUGCCCCUGUAUAUAUUACCGCCGCUUUUUCACAAUUUCACACUUUGCUUGCUUGUUUAUCUAUUUGUUUUCCCAUAAUGAAUUUGUUGUUCUAUUCUGUAAAUACAAAGAAUUGUAAGGAUUUAAAUUGCAAUGCCAGACCUCAGUAAGAUUGCUUAAUUCUGGAUUGCAAUAAGAGUGUCUACGGGACUUUUCGUUCCAUUCCAAAUGUCGCUAUCAUUUUUUGUUUAAUUAUUAACUUAAUUGUUAGCGUCUUAUAAGUAGUUGCUUCAAAGGUGAAUAAUGAGCUUAAUUAUAAAGGGGUUUUUUAUUACAUAAUUCUCAAAUGAUAAAUGAGGUUUUCGUUGACACAGUCUGUCGCAGUAGCUUGUUCAUACUCCUGACAUUUUCAUUAAAAUUGAAGCUAUCAGGCAAAGUAUGACCAAAACUGCAAUCAAGCUUAUCCAAAAAAUCACUGUGAUAAUCUUUCACUUUACCCACAAACAUUAUGCCCAGUAGAAGAUAAAGAUCCUCAGGGACCACUAGACAGAGAUUUCUUAUAUAAUUUUUAGAGCGUGAUAGCACCAACACACUUUCCAUAAGCGUAUAAGGUGCAGAAGAAAUUCCGACAGAGUCGUCCUGGCUAUCUUAAACAGGGGGCCUAUUAUAGGGGGACCAAAAGCCGCAGAACCGUGCAAAAAUCAACCAAAUGCCGCAAUCCGCAAUGAAAUUAAGCGCGAAGACGCGGCCGCGAUAGCAAAAGAGGCCCUAUAAAGGGUUUUUGAAAUAUGAAGUAAUUAAAGUUUUCGGGGAGAGAAUAUGACUAUUUAGAUUUUUCGGUUUUGAAAAAACUUUGGUUCCCAGCAUGAAAUAUGAAAUAACAAAAUAACUGAAUACAUCUUUGAAUGUUGUGUUAGAAUUAUCUAUUUGAUAACAGCAUUGACUCAAGUGACUUUUGAUGUGUAGAGCUUUUAGGAUACCAUAUUACGCCUUGGUUGCUCUUUUAAAUUUUUCAAACUUUUUUGGGGCAUUUUCUCACAGGAGGCGCUUGAAAGAAGAGGCGGCUUUUCAUACUUCAUGAUAGCAUAGAAUCUACCACAAAUAGUUUUGGCUUAUAUUAUCUCAUCAAAAUAGACAAAAAUACCAGAUAGCAUCAUAAAAGUAUUUUUAUCUACCUCAAUUGUUCCACAACUUUAUACUAUGAAUUCUUUCUAAUACAACUAAACAACAGUUUUGUAAACCAUUUAAGUUGCAGGAUUGGUUUGCUGAUAAAAUCUGUCUUCUAAAUUUUCAAAUCUCCAAACAGAUAUUGUUCAUUUUUCAAUUCUUUUUAUCUGAGUCUAGACAUGUUUCCCGCGAGGCUAUUCUUAUUUUAAACAAAUUAGAUGAAGACUGGCCCCUUCAGGUUGUACCCUCCACGCAAAAGACUUUAGAAGUUUUGAUG